AUGAAAUCCCAAUUAAUGCCAAUUGGAGCGAGGAAAGUGUCAACUCACCCUCCGAUAAACAAACUGCAACAAAAACAUAAAAGUACAGUAAAAGGUUCGAAAAAAGAAAGAAAGGAAGAGGAGCUUGGGUUUAUGACCAAGAUAACUUGCAGCAAAGUGCCCUCUGCGUUUCUCUUCAGGUUGUAUAACACAACGGAGGAGAAAAUAGUCGAUGUGGAUUUCAACCAACUUCUUCCUGAGAAGUUUCUUACUAAAAUGUCAAAAACAGAAUUCCGUUGUUAUCUUAAGGCUCUGAAAGGGAGAGGCGAACCACUUUGCAAGAGCGAAAUUGCUCUUAUUAAAAAAAUCGACAAGAGAGUCCGCAACAAAGAGACUGUCAGAAAGUCGAAAAAGAGGCUGAGAGAUGAGUUCUUGUUGGAAAAGAAGAGGUACGAGGAACAAUACUCAAAGUACUCUGAAUUACUGAAAAACACAAAACAACUACUUAAGACUGUCGAAGAAUGCCAGCACUCUCAGAGUAAAGUUGGGGAAUUAAAGACUCAACUUGAGAAGCCACAACUGAAAUUUGUUGUGUUUGAUAUGUAA